AUGGAAGGGGUUGCGACAGGCAGCACGGGUACCGCCAACCCAGAAGGGGCCGUCGCGACGACGCCCCCACCUCCUCCCUCCCCUCCAGCCCUCACCCCGGCGCCUGCUGCAGAUGAGGAAGGCCCGCCGCAUUUACCCGAGGCAGGGGCUCCCGGCUGCUCGGGCUCCCGGCCCCCAGAGCUGGAGCCGGAGCGCGGCCUGGGUCGCUUGAGAGGAGGCUUCGAAGACGAAGACGAGGAGUUGGAGGAGGAUGAGGAGCUGGAAGAGGAAGAGGAGGAGGAGGAGGAAGAGAUGAGCCACUUCUCGCUGAGGCUGGAGGGAGGUCGGCCGGACUCCGAGGACGAAGAGGAGCGCCUGAUUAACCUCUCUGAGCUGACCCCAUACAUCUUGUGUUCCAUUUGUAAAGGUUACUUAAUAGAUGCAACUACCAUUACAGAAUGUCUUCACACCUUUUGUAAAAGCUGCAUCGUAAGGCAUUUUUACUAUAGCAACAGAUGUCCAAAAUGCAACAUAGUAGUACAUCAGACACAACCUCUUUAUAACAUAAGGUUGGACCGACAGUUACAAGACAUAGUGUACAAAUUAGUGAUCAAUCUAGAAGAAAGAGAGAAAAAGCAAAUGCAUGAUUUCUAUAAAGAAAGAGGUCUAGAAGUGCCUAAACCUGCUGUUCCACAGUCAGUCCCUUUGAGCAAAGGAAGAUCUAAGAAAGCCCUGGAAUCAGUGUUUCGUAUUCCACCUGAACUUGAUAUGUCUUUAUUAUUGGAGUUCAUUGGUGCUAACGAAGGCACAGGACAUUUUAAGCCACUGGAAAAGAAGUUUGUCCGAGUUUCAGGAGAAGCAACUAUUGGGCAUGUAGAAAAAUUCCUCAGAAGAAAAAUGGGUCUUGAUCCAGCUUGUCAGGUAGAUAUCAUCUGUGGUGAUCAUCUGCUGGAGCAGUAUCAAACUCUGAGAGAAAUCCGACGUGCAAUAGGUGAUGCAGCAAUGCAGGAUGGUCUGCUUGUCCUUCAUUAUGGUCUUGUGGUUUCUCCUCUAAAAAUAACUUGAAGAUUCUAGAACAAAGUGAAGAGGCUUCUGGAGUACUGCAUCUCACCAAAGAUUUCUAUGAAACAUGUAAUUGCUACCACUUUGUGCUGUUUUAGUUACAAUUUAUCUAUUUUCAGCACCAAAAACAAUAGCAUUUAUAAGUAUAACUUAGAAUGAUGGAAUGCACUAUUUUACUAGAGACUCUCUAUAAAAAACAUAUAGCUCAGGGGGAAAAUUCCAAAACAUUGAAUUUUAGAAUUCUUUUUGAUUGAAAAUGCUUUGACCUUGAUUUUGCUUCAUUAUCUCAAUCAAAUCAGUUACCAUGUUCUUCACUGAGUCAUCUCCCUUUCAAGUUGGUGGUUGAGAUUCUGCUCUCAGGGAUGGCAUCAGUUGGUCCUUUUGGAAAGCAGUUUGCUUUUGAACUGAAGAUACAAAACCAGUCUUUGUUAAAUUGCAGGGUGUGCUCUCAAACAAAGACCAAAAC